AUGGUUCCACCUAUUCCAGUCCAAACAACACAUCAACCUCCUAUUGCUGAUUUAUUAGGUGAUGAUGAUGGCUUUACACCAUAUGUACAAGCUACAGGUGUUUCAUCGUCUAUUGAUGAUGAUUUUGGUCAAUUUCAAGAAGCAUCAAUCAUUCCAACUCAACAAAUGACAUCCCCAAUUUCUACAACACAACCUUCUAUUUGGCCAACAGCAACAACUGUAUCAGUGGUAUCACCAGCACCACCACCACCAUCAGCAAUAAUAUUUGAUCCAUUUGAAACAUUUGGAGAAACAGCAUCAACAUCAAAUAAUCUUUUACAACCAAUGAAUUCACCACCACCAACAACAAAUAAAACUUUAUCAAAUGAUUUUAAUUUAUUUUUUACACCUUCUCAACCGACUCAACAGUCAUCAAUGGUUUUUCCUACUCAACAACAACAACAAUCAUUUGUACAUCCACAAAUGUUUCAGCAACCAAUGUUGUUUUCAUCAACUCAACAACAAUUUAAUAAGCCAAAUACUAACUCAUUCAAUAAUACUUGGUCAUCAGCACAAGGAAAAAUUGAUAUAUCAUUAAAUAAUCUCAUACCACAUACACGUGGUGAUCCUCAAAAAAGUUCUUUACCACUCAAUCAAUUAAUUAGUCCAACAAAUAUUGGUUCUUCAUCAUCAUCAAUGAUGACAAAUAAAAACACUCAAUCGAUGUUUUCAAAUUCAUGUAUGAAACUAAUGAAGUAA